AUGACGUCCACUGCCCCUCCAAAGCUUAAUGCGCUUGAGGUUCUGGACCUGAGCUCCCCGCCAGCCUUUACCAAACCCUCGAAGCGCAUCAACGAAGGCCCCGACGUCGCUCGUUUCCUCACAAGCUUAGCCUACCGAGACAUUGGCGUCUUCAUUCUCCAGCUCAACCGAUCCUUAUGUCCUCGUAACCAAUCCUCGUCGCCCCUCCCCCGCACCUUCCCCCUCAACUCGAAGCCGCCGACAACACCAUCCGUUCAGACGUUACAAGCUCUUUUGGAAAAGAUUGGAAGCUUCAUCGACGAAGCGCCACCUGAUCCUGGUCCUCGCAGAUUCGGCAACGUUAGUUUCCGCAAGUGGUAUGCUAUUUUCGAAGAGCGCUUGGAUGCGCUGCUUGGGGAGGGGCUUCUAGGGGAAACACUUAAAGUUGGCGAUGGCAAGGCGAAGGAGGAAGUCUCAAGCUAUCUUCUUGGCGGGUUCGGAAGUGUACAGCGAUUGGACUAUGGAACUGGACAUGAGCUGAGCUUCGUUGCUUUUCUCGGUUGUCUAUGGAAGCUGGGCUUCUUCAAAGACGGUGAACAAGGUGGUGAGAUUGAGCGCGAGAUUGUCCUCAAAGUUAUUGAGCCAUACCUCAACGUCGCAAGGAAACUCAUCUUGACGUAUACCCUUGAACCUGCUGGUUCCCACGGCGUCUGGGGCCUCGACGACCACUCCUUCAUGCCCUACAUUUUCGGCUCAGCGCAGCUUACACGACCGAUCAACGAGAACGAACCGAUGCCUUUGGAGGGAUCAGUGAAAGGUGCUCCCAAGCCCAGCGACGUUACCAAAGCUGCCGUGGUUGAGGAUCAGCGCCAAGUAAACAUGUACUUUUCCGCUAUUGGCUUCAUCAACGACGUGAAGAAGGGUCCUUUCUGGGAGCACAGUCCGAUCCUUUUCGAUAUCUCAGGCAUUCGUGACGGUUGGGGAAAGAUUAACAAGGGGAUGAUCAAGAUGUUCAACGCUGAAGUCUUGUCUAAAUUCCCUGUUGUCCAACACUUCCCAUUCGGAUCGCUCUUCUCCUGGGACAUCGAUCCAGAUGCUACAACACCGACCCAGAGUGUUCACAUGGCAAACCAGCCGGCAACCAUGGCACCUCCAGCACAAUCAGGGGCUGGAACAGCCGCUCCUUGGGCUCAAGCUACAAGAAUGCCCCCAUCAUCCGGUCCUGGCAUUCCCUAUUCUCGUAUGCCCCUACCAGCAUCCAACACAGGGUCACUUGCACGACCACCUAGAGGCGGACCCGACUCAGGAUCCACGAGCGCACAAAUCACUGUCACCAAGGCGCCGUGGGCCAGGGACUCGUGA